CUCGUACAUAUGUAUGUACAUAUUUAUUUUUAUCUAUAACGAUGAGAAUGUGAGAAAAUUUCUCACCACGUUGCUUUCGAUCAUAUUUUAAAUGAGAAAUAAUAUUUACAUGAACUUCAAUUCUCGUUGCUGGUGAAUUAAAAAUAAAAAAAAAGAAAUACCUAUCUCUCUAAAGAAUAAACAAAUAAUAAUAUCUACAACAGAUAGAAUAAACAGCUGACGUGUUUUUGAAAAAAAAAAGAGGAACAGCCGUUCUAAGGCCAGACAAGAAGGAAACAACGAUAACCUUCCGGUAUCAAAGCCAUUGGCCAAUUAUCAUGCUGUGGAAAUUCUAAUUAUGUUCAUUUACUCCGUCAACAUCCUCAGAUGAUGAUCUCCCACGUUAGAGAUAUGUUUGUACAGACAAACAAGCACAUCAAAGACCAAACCUACAAACAAACCGCUAAUAUGGGUCACAGCUGUUAAGAACGCCAUCUAUAUUAAAAAUACAGAAAAACGUCACUACUCAACAACUGAUGAACACUUUAAUAAAACACUCGGCUUCGUUACGCGUUUUUUUUUCAUUGCUGAAUUUUAAUUCAAAAUUAUUGUGAACGAUUUCACAUAAAAAUAACAACAACAACAAUUAUUUAUUUUCUCAUUUCCCGCAGUCAUAAAUUACGUCUGAUUCGGUGUCUGAUUGCACAAAAGUUCGUGUCUUUGUUAUCGUAGUUGGGUCUAUUUUUGAACUUCCCGAUAGGAAAUUACAACAAAAAAAAAGCAAAUAAGAAAAAAAAAUUCCACGACCUAAGUGAAGCGCAUCAUGUGCCAGUGCGCACUCACCAUAAACAAUUUAAAAACAAAACAGAAACAGAGAGGCUCGCUAUAAUCGUAUUUUUGAAAGUUGCGUCGGCUUUGGCUUUCCAAACGAAAACAAAGAAAAAAUAAACACACUUAAAAACACAAACAUUCAAAGAGAAAUUUUUAAAAAAGCUCCCGUUUCAACUUCAAAGAGAAGAUCGUAAUCUUUUCAAAAUGAACUCACCACAUACUCACCAUCACCACGCUUCAUCGGUGAAUGACUCGCUUCACUCGGUUGCGGCGGGAAAUAAAUAUGCGCCUGCACGUAGACUAGCUUCACGUCAUACUCUGCGUCUGGCAAUACCAAAGUACCAAUGUGAUAGCACUUUCGGGAGUGGUUACAAUGGCAACACCAAUGGCAAUGGUUUGUCAAUUCACAGUACUAGUGGCAGAUAUCAACCACAUGUGUCUCCGCCGCAGAUACAGCAUCCGACGUCGAAUUACUAUCGGUCGUCGGCAAACGGAUUGCACCAUCAUGGAAAACCACCUUCGGCGCCGAUAAUCACUAUGAAUGGAAUUCAAAAAACAUCACCCAUACGAGAUUUGGCGACUGCAACUUGCAACUCCAUGAAUGGAAAGUUUUUGGGCGUCAGAAAACCUAGCAUUACACUGAGUUCGGCGGAUGCUACAAAUAACAACGAAAUGUUUGCUUUUGCCAAGGAUUGUUCACCGGUGGAUCAUUUAAGUGAGGAUUCACCGAUAUUUUCCGAAUUGGCAUCAUCGAUAUCCCCAUCAACAAGCUCAAGUUCACCAACAUUUAAUCGUCUUUUUAGCUUGAGUCCAUCAUCCAUCAGGAGUUAUGCGUUAGACAAUAUGUCUGACUUUUCGGAUUCAACACAGCACGUAAGCCCGGCAGCAGCAUCUUUAAUCGAAAAUUUCCAUAAGAAAAAUGGUACAAUUGGUCCAAGUAGUGCCAGUGCCGCCAUUUCAGUUGGAAAUGGUGGUAUCGGUGGCAGUGGUGGAUCAAGUACUCCAACGUCAUUAACUGGCGGAACGACUGGUUCACUCAGUGCACUGUCAUCAAAUACCAGACAAAAUUUAAUCAAUACAAGUUCUAGUUCUAGUAGUAGUCUUAAGGAAACCUCAUCCACAUCACAACAGGUUGUUAAUAGCAGCAGCACAACAACACGUGUUGAAAAGAAAUCCCAACGUUUACAUCAAGUAACAUCCUCAUCCUCAUCGUCUUCAUCAUCAUCAACGUCUGAAAUGAAAGCGACCGCCCUUAAACGUGAUUUAAGUGAAAUCAAAAAUUCAAUGUCUGAAAUAAAUGAUCUUGCAAUGAGCUGUACAGCAACACAGAAAUUAAACGAUUUGAAAAUGAAUAGUUCAGCAACACUCGAUCAAAUUCAAAAGAAAAUACGUUCCUCCAUUGAAAACCUUGUUGAUAGUCCAAGUGGUGAACCAUUGGUAACAUUUCCCGACAGCGAAGAUGAUCAUCAUGAUUUAAAAAUGGAUUUAGUUGGUGCUUCGAAAAAUGCAUUGACAAAUGGUUUAAGUGGAUCUUCAAAAACAGUCGAUACAGUGAAAUUUGAAGAGAAACGAACAAAAACCGAAUCGAAAACUAAAGUUAUUACCGAUGGAUUUAGUUCGGAACAAGCUACUAGUAAUAUGGCCUUAAGCAAACGUCUUCAGGCCGGUGAUAUUGAUUAUAAAGAGGCAAAAGCAGCAUCUGCAAUGAGAAAUAGACUGGAAGUUGAUGGAGUUAAGACAGAAGAAAAUGCUGCUGUUGUUCAGGAAGCCUUGUCUUUGCGCACCGGCGAUGUUACUCAACAAAGUUUCAAUAAUGUAGCUGCGGCUAGUAUAAAAGUCCAAAGUGACAACUUUAGUGCUGAACGCAAGGCAAUCUCCCAAGAACAAAAAAGUCAAACAAUGACAACAAAUGGUGGCAUUAUAAAUCAGGAGAAACAAGUGUCUUCAGCAUCACAAUCAAAUUAUACCAUCACAACGAGAGGUGUUUCUAGUUCAGCUACAAACACAAUCUCUUCAUCAUCACAAAUGUCCUCGAAUGGCCAUCACAUAAGGCUUGAUGUGAAAUUUGACGAUUUGAAAUCUCUGACAUCGGGCAGUUCGUUGCGUGACAUUGAAAAUGCCAAGAGUAAAUAUUCAACCUUUCUCAAGAACUUUGUGAAUAGUCUGCACGAAACAAAUCCCCACGAGAAGCCUGUCUACUUGGAUACCAUAAACAAAGUCAUACAAAAUGCCUGGGCUGUUCCGACGCAUGGUCAUGAGCUUGGUUAUAGUUUGUGCAAUUCGUUGCGAGUAAGUGGAGGGUUGGAUAUGCUGAUGGAGAACUGUGAGCAAAACGAUCAAGCUGUACAGUUCUCAUCGGCACGACUACUGGAGCAGUGUUUGACUACAGAGAACAGGACACACGUAGUGGACAACGGGCUCGAUAAGGUGGUGAAAGUAGCGUGUGUUUGCACAAAAAACACCGACACUCAACACUCGAGAGUUGGAACAGGCAUCCUGGAGCAUCUGUUCAAACACAGUGAAGGAACGUGUUAUGAUGUGAUUCGGCUGGGUGGUUUAGACGCAGUUCUAUUCGAAUGCCGAACCAACGACGUGGAAACCCUACGACACUGUGCUAGUGCCUUAGCAAAUCUGUCCCUUUAUGGUGGUGCCGAGAAUCAAGAAGCCAUGAUCAACAGGAAGGUGCCCAUGUGGCUGUUCCCCUUGGCCUUCCAUCAUGAUGACAACAUUAAGUAUUAUGCUUGUUUGGCCAUUGCUGUGCUGGUCGCUAAUAAAGAAAUCGAAGCAGAGGUUCUGAAGUCUGGAACUCUGGACUUGGUAGAGCCAUUUGUAACCUCUCAUGAUCCCUCCGAGUUCGCUAAGUCAAAUUUGGCCCAUGCACAUGGUCAGAGCAAACACUGGCUUGAGCGAUUGGUACCGGUCUUAAGUUCGAACCGCGAAGAAGCUCGAAACUUGGCGGCUUUCCAUUUCUGUAUGGAAGCUGGCAUCAAGAAAGAACAAGGAAACACUGAGAUUUUCCGGGAAAUCGGUGCCAUAGAGCCAUUGAAAACCGUCGCAAGCUGCCCGAAUGCUAUUGCUUCCAAAUUUGCCGCUCAGGCAUUGCGACUUAUUGGUGAAACGGUUCCUCACAAGCUCUCCCAACAAGUCCCAUUGUGGUCAGUGGAAGAUGUCCAAGAAUGGGUGAAACAGAUUGGCUUUGCCGCCUUUGAGCGUCAGUUCGCCGAGUCACAGGUAGAUGGCGAUCUGUUACUUAAACUUAACGAAGAAAACCUUCGGGAAGAUAUUGGUAUUUCGAAUGGAAUUCUUAGAAAGCGUUUCGCACGAGAACUUCAAAACUUAAAAAAGAUGGCCGACUAUUCAUCGAAGGACUGCGCAAAAAUGUGUCAGUUCUUGAACGAAAUCGGACCUGAGUACUGUACCUACACCUAUGCCAUGUUGAAUGCCGGAAUUGACAAGUCCUCGCUGAGGCAAUUGAAUGAAGAUAUGUUGCUCGCUGAUUGUGGCAUCCAAAACUCGAUUCACAGAUUCAGAAUUCUAAAUGCAGUCAAAUCGCUUGAGAAUUCGUUACAGAGCGUCUCCGAAGAGAAUAUGGCCAAGACUCUGGAUGUAUUCGUAAGCUAUCGGCGAUCGAAUGGAUCACAAUUGGCAAGUCUUCUUAAAGUCCAUUUACAAUUGAGAGGGUUCUCGGUGUUUAUUGACGUCGAACGACUUGAAGCUGGAAAGUUUGAUAAUGGUCUGUUGAACAGCAUCAAACAGGCUAAACAUUUUAUUUUAGUAUUAACUCCAAAUGCACUGGAGAGGUGCGUUGAAGACUACGAGGGAAAAGAUUGGGUGCACAGAGAAAUUGUUGCAGCUCUCAACUCAAAUUGCAACAUUAUCCCAAUUAUAGACAAUUUCCGUUGGCCAGAAGCCGAAAUGCUUCCAGAAGACAUGCGCAGUGUUUGCCAUUUCAAUGGAGUCACAUGGAUACAUGACUACCAGGACGCUUGCAUCGAUAAACUAGAAAGAUUCAUGCGUGGUGAAAAGAAUCCCGAUCGAAUUGGAAUGGCUCCAAGUACACCGGGAUCUGCUUCGGUGAACUACCAAAGAAUGCACAGCAACGAUUCUGACUAUCAGACAGGCGUGAGUAGUUGUGGAGGCAGUACAGUUGGCACAAAUGGCGGAUGCAGUGCGGGCAGUGGUAACAGCAACGGUUCGGGCAGCUGUCAAGGAACAAACGGCGGACAAGCAGCUAAUCAUCCGGCAAAUAGAUACCGUAAAUCAUCCAGUCCGGGCCGCACAUAUUUUGGUGGCAAUGGGCACCACGGUGGUAGCGGUGUGAUCUCUGGUGCGGGUUCGAUCGGCGGCAUUGGUCCGUAUGGUGGUCGUGGUGGAUCAAAAAGAAAUCUACUUUUUCCGCCCUAUCGAACAAGUCCCAUCUCUGCCAGAACAGUGAAUGGAAAUGCUUCAAAUACGGGAUAUAACGGCAGUGGAACCUCAGUGCCAGUAUCUCCCUACAGAUCAGGGCGUCGCAGUUCGGCUGUGGCCAUCACAAAUGCAUCUCCCCAUUCACCUACACCGAGUUUUAGGAGUCACAGUCUAGGUGGUCUGCUAGACGGAGGGUCUGGAGACGACGAGACUGUUGGAGCCAAUGGCAGCAACGCAGAAGACACCCCCAUAGAAGCAAGCUGCGAUUCUGUCGUCCUCAAGAGAGACAAGUCCAAUACAAUGCUUAAUACACAAAACCGUAAAUCUCGCAGUCUAGACCAACUGUUGGAUGAUUUUCCACUAACAGUUCCUGGCAUAACCGAAGGCACUCAAAGUAUGCACAAUCUUGCCACACCAGGAACACCCGAAUUAAAUGGGUGCCUGGAACAUACGGAAUCAUCGUCACCAUCAUCACCACAACCAUCGAAGACUUUGGCCAAACAAUCGUCCUCGACCAGAGACUCACAAUCCGUUACACCAGAACGCACAGUGUCCCGUCAAAGCCCCGAAGGCAUCAGCUCGGCCGAAGAUGACCGUGAAGAUACCCAAUCGAAUUACAGUACCGGCUCAAAGGACACCGGUAAAAGUUCAAAUAGUCAGAAAACCCUCUUCAAUCGGACUUUGAAAAAAGUCCGGUCGCUCAUGAAAAAACCGUAAAAAGUCAUCUCCGUUAUGCCUGAUGUGUCCGUGACAGCAUUAAAUUGAAUGAUUUAUAAAACAAAAUAUAACGCAUCAAAACACCCAUUCAAAUACUUAUACAGAAAAAAAGAAAACAAAUAAUCAAUAUUCAGUUAUAUUGAAUAUUGGGGUAAAAAAGAUGCAUUAUAGCAUUGCUUGCAAUGUUUCUGUUUAUAAUUAUAAGUUUUAUUGUUUAAAAAAGAAAAAAACGAUAAUAUUGUGUUGUUUUGCCUGAUUUUAUUUUUUGUAAAAGUCUUUGUUAUGUAGUUACGUAUUUUAUUUUACUUUCUUCUUCUAUACUUUUUUUCUUCAUGUAAAUUAUUUUAUAUGUGAUUUUUUUAAGUAAUUUUAUUUAUAUACAUAUUUUUUUUUAAUUUUAUGAAAUUUUUUGUCACGAUCACAAAACACUCGCACUCAUUCAAAAACAAAAAAUCCAAAAAAAAAAAACAAUUUUAUCGAAAUUCGCAGCAGUGACAGCGAAGAUGAUGCUGAAAUACAAGGAAUAGUACUUUCAAAAAUCACCACGCCCAAUAGUAAUAGAAUUUUAUUUCGAUAGGCGUGGUACAUCACACAUAAAAACAUAUAUUUUUUUCUUAAACAUUUUCUUUACUUUAAAACAACAACUUAAAAAACAUUUUACAAAAGUGGAACAAUUUUUAAAAGCGAAAAAUUUACUUGAAUUUUCUUAGACUGGUUCUAAGAAGAAUCUAAUCAAGUUCAUUAUUAUUAUUUUUUUUUGUAAAUUU